GUUGUCUCGGUUUCACGUCUGGUUUUCUGUCUGUCCACGGAGGGGAGAAACUCCGAGGCGUACGGAGCUGGCGUGGAGAACCCCACUUUUCUCUCCUCCGGAUCCCGUUCGCCAUGUGCAGGCUGGGGCCCUCCCACGCGGACACACGCGUGGGGUUGGCCCCGAGGGCAGGGCCGGGGUUGCAGCGGCAGGCGGAACCCUCGUAGCGGGCCCCGUUUCCGUGCGGUUGGUGUCGCGGCGGCAGCCCCGCCAUGGCGGCGGACGGAGGGGACCCGUUGGGCUAUUUCGCGGCCUACGGCAGCUCCAGCUCGGACUCGGAGGCCGAGGAGCCGCAGCCCGACCAGCGGCAGGCGGGGGCCGGGGCGGCGGCGGGGGGCAGCCCGGGGCGGCGGGCGCGGCUGCCAUCGCCCGACGAGCUGUUCCGUAGGGUGUCGCAGCCGCCCGCUUUCCUCUACAACCCGCUCAACAAGCAGAUCGACUGGGAGAGCCGCGUCCUGCGGGCGCCCGAGGAGCCCCCCAAGGAGUUCAAGGUGUGGAAGAACAACGCCGUGCCCCCGCCCGAGAGCUACACCCCGCCCGAGAAGAAGCCCCCGCCGCCCCCCGGCCAGGACAUGGCCAUAAAGUGGUCCAACAUCUACGAGGACAACGGCGAGGACGCGCCGCGGCAGACGGGCAGGGCCAAGUUCCUACCGGAGGAGGAGCAGGAGCACCUCGAGUCGGAUGAUGAAAAAGAUGAUGAACCAGCUUCUGCCAAGAAACGUAAACUGGACUCUGGGGAACAGACAAAGAAGAAGAAAAAGUUAUGAGCAGGGUGUGUUGGAUCUUGCCGUAAUGAGAACUUCAGUGAGCUAGGAUUCCUCUGCUGGAAUGGGAAACAAAUCCAUGUUUACCAAACUUCCCUCUCCUAUUGGGUAGGGAAUUUUAUUUCUGUAGUAUGCUUGCCUUUUGGAAAGCACAAAGUUAAAUGUACAGUGUCAUGAUAGAAACUUGUCUACUGAACAACACUGUAAACUUGUUUAUUUAAAAGAGAAAUUUACAAGAGGAUCCAUUGUGAUGGAUACUUGUGCUCAUGCAGUUUACAGGGCUUUGUGGAAUUUUGUUUAUCAAGAAACCUGGUAAUGUGAGCUUUUUCUGGACUGACUUUUCCAUUGUGUCAAAACCUUUUAUAAAGGAGUAUUAUACUAAAGAUUCUGUAAGUAUUGUCCUGUGAUAUGUUUGCACACUGUUGUUUUGAAAUGUGUGUAAAGACUGCAAAUAGAUCACUGGAAUAAAACUACAUUUGAAGAUC